UUAUCAAUUUCCGAUCAGAACAUCUCUACUGUUAUUCAACCACUCAAUGUAACAGUCAACAGUAUGUCCGAUUUGAGAGAGUAUAUACACCAAAAUAUACCAGCAGUUAAUUUGUUAGAUGAAGUGCUAUCACAAAUGAAAGUCAUCACUAGUGGAAAGACAAAAAUAUUUGUCAUCCAUGUACAUCAUAUCAUUAUUGAUGAUGUUACAAUUCAGAAUAUUAAAACUACUUUAAAAAUGUUACUUCAGAACCCGUCAUUAGAUGUUCAAGUUGUCAGACAUAAUCUGUUCCUACAUUCCUCGGUCAUAGACUCAGAAAAAGAGUAUAUGAUGUUAGAAAAGUUUACGGCUGACAAAUUGUUUUGGGAAAUGGAAUUUGAGGAAUGCCCACAGUCGUCUUCUUUAAGUUUCAGGAACACUUCUGAUAUAAGCGACUUCGAAGCUUAUACAGCAGACACAACCGUUUCUUUUCUACCCGUAAGCAGUGGGCAAGAAGUCGAAAGUUUCUGUAAAUUACAUGGAUUAACUAAAUUUCAGGUCUUUUUGGCAUUGUUUGUGUUAGUGCUUCAACGGUAUUAGGGAAGUCGAGAAGCUGUAGUUGCGAUACUUGUCUCAACUCGUGAUGUUCAUAUUUGACAGCUGAUGGCCUAUUUGUGAACACGGUCUUAUUCAGAUAUACAAUAAAUAUGAAUGACACCUUAGAAGAACAUGUGUUAAAUGUUGCCAGAAAAUGGUUAACUGUGUUUUCCCACUCUAGAUACCCACUAAACAAGGUUAGUGAAAUGAUCUGGAGAAAGAAUGGCAAAAACCUCGGAUGUUUCUGCAAUGUAAUGUUCAACUACAUAACGUUUAACGUCGGUAAAGAUGAAUUGAGAAUACAUGCAAAACAUGCAAAAAUGCAGCUUUCCGUUGAUAUUGCAGAAGAUACAGACGGUUACGAAAUACUAAGUGAACGUUCAGAAGAGUUGAUUGAAAAAGGAUUGUCAAGACGUUUUGCUGGCUCUAUGAUAGAAGUUUGCAAUAAAUUCCAAAUACUUCUGGGGCGGAAGUCUUUAAGGUUUGCAGAGUUUUUGACAGAAGAAGAAAUUAAGUUGCAAGAUGACUUUACAGAAACGGAGAAAAUUGAUUAUACCAGUGAAUCUGUAUAUGCCAUAUUUGUUAGAAACACAAAAACGACACCAGCAAAAACAGCCCUGGUGUACAGAGGAAAAAAUCUUACUUACAGUAAUAUUAUGAAUUUAUCUGACAACAUAGCAUUUCAAAUAUUAAACUGUAUUGACUCCAAUGCCCUUCAAAGUCUGCCGAUCAUAUUGAUAAUGGAAAAGAACGAGAUAGCAAUAGCAACUAUGUUUGCAGUUUGGAAACUUGGUGGAUUCUUCUUGCCUGUGUCAGUUCUACACGCACCCACAGUCACAGAAGCAAUUGAAAGAGCCAACCCAUGCCUUAUUUUGAUCAACGACGACCGGUUUGAGAUAUAUGCCCAAAAUUCAAAAUGCAAAAUUGUUUGCGUGAAAAAUAGUUUGGAUAAUUCAGUACCAGAGAUUAAUACUUACUAUUUUCCGUUCGUUCAGGAGUUAGGAAAGCCCGCAUACAUGAUUCAAACUUCUGGAUCAACUGGAAAACCAAAGCAAAUCAGAAUUUCUCAUAUGAGUUUAUCUAUUCUUGCAAGAGCUUGGACAACCCGUUAUGAACUUCAGAAGUCUGACGUCAAUAUCUUGCAAUGGGCACAAUUGUCUUUUGAUGUCUUCAUAGGAGAUAUUGUCAGAGGUAUGUGUUGCACAUCUGGCACAGUUUGCAUUUGUCCAAAUAACAGCCGACUUGAUACAGACUAUAUAACAAAAAUGAUACGAACAGAACACAUAAGUUUGGUAGAGUUUACACCCCAGUUUGCAUUGACUUUAAUAGAAAACUCAAAUACAAAAGACUUAAAAUCUUUGAAAAUAUUGAUCUUAGGAUCGGAUGUUCUUCCAACAGAGGUUUACAGGAAAAUACAAGCUAUACAAAGCAACCAACGCCUGAUAAAUAGUUAUGGAAUGUCAGAGGCUACAAUAGACUCAUCUUGCUUUGAGGCAGAACAUAUGCCGAUCACAAGGGGAGGUACAGUGCCCGUCGGAAAACCUCUCCCUGGUGUCAGAAUGAAAGUUCUUGAACCUGAGACACUUCGUCCAUGUCCUGUUGGAACGUUGGGUGAAUUUUAUAUUGGGGGCCAUGUUGUAGGGUCUGGUGACACUGACAUAGUAACGCUCAGUUCAGGUGAAGUAAUGCUUAAGACCAACGAUCGUGCAUGCUGGCUUCCAUCAGGAGAUUUAGAACUGUUUGGACGUCUAGAUUCCGUUUGUAAAUUGAGAGGAUUCCGAAUUUGUACUGCAGAAAUCGAAAACACUAUUUUGAUCAAAUGUGGCUUUGUAAGGGAAGUCACAGUGACUGCACUCACGAAUGAAAAAGAUGGAACCAAAACGCAAUUUCUAUGUGCGUUUGUUGUGUUGGAAAAUCUAAAGGAACUGUCUGACGUCUGUAAUGAUAAGAUAAUUCAGUCUGUAAAAGAGCAACAUCCGUAUUACAUGGUGCCUGAUCUGAUAACAACUGUUGAAAAUAUUCCUUUGACUGCUAAUGGAAAAGUGAAUCAUGCGGCUUUGCCAUCGCUAUUGGAACUAUUACACAUUUAAAAAACAA